AUGGAGCUCAGGGCUCAUCUAUCUUCUAUCUCCGCGAUAAACGAACAGCUGCAGGCAGAGGCCUCAACCCUCAUGAACUUCCACAGACUCGCCGAGGCGCACGGGCCCGAAGCAGCAGAAAAGCUUCUCCUCCAGCAGAUGAGGUCUCAGACGGAGCAGCAAACCACUCAAAUCAAAGAGCUGCAGAGACUUCUCUCCAGCAAAGAGGCCCACACAGCGGCCCUUGAGCGCGAAGUCACAGUAUGCAGGCAAGCGCUGGCUUCUGUGGGGGCCUUUCUAAGGAACGUUCCCCUCGAGAAUCCCCCCGAAGCUGCUGCACAGCCUCGGGCCAAAACUGAAAGCCGCAGCACUCAAACUGAGGCCCCCAUUGCCCCCACAGAGCCUGACUCUGACAGCCAAACGGCCCCAGAGGGCAGCGAGUCCACAGGGGGCCCCCAGGGGCCCCCGGAGGCAGCCCUGGGGCCCCUGGGGCCCAGCGCAGGCGGGGGGGCCCCAGAGCCCGCUGAGGAAAAGGGCCCACAGCAGCCCCACGGGGGGCUCCCUGCCCCUGCAGCACCCAUAGAAGAUCAGGGGGCCCCCCUGGGGGCCAGCGGGCCCGUCAUGAGGUUCACUGUGGGGCCCUCCACGGGCUACGAGCACAAGAAGGACGACGCGGUGGACACGGCUGUGGCUGCGUUGAGCAACGCUCGAAUCAACAAAGUACUGUUUACCCGCAUUUGCAAAGGAGUCUACCUGUACGGACACCUGGCAGUGGCCAUGCGCCUCAGCACUUCAGGAGAACUGAAAGUUUCUUAUGAAGGAAAGGACUACUCGGCCAAAGAAUUCAUCCACAACUUCGAAGAAGAAGAGUUUCGCUAUUUGAAGGAAAGGCAAAAAGAGUCCGGCCGCGCAGUUUCCCUCGAAGUGUGCCCCCAUGGGGCCCCCAGCCCCAGCCAGGGGCCCCCAAGAGCACAGGCAAAGCAAGCCCGGCUUCGUUCUGUGAAAUCAAAGGGAGACCCGGGGGCCCCCGACAGCAAGAGGGGCCCCCCGAGGCGUCGCAGCGUUGCGGGGGCUGCAGCUGUGGGCUUGGCCCCAGAGGGCCCCCUGGAUGGGAGGCCCCGCCGCAGCCGCAGCAGCAGCAGCAGCAGCAGCAGCAGGGCCCGCUCUUCAGCCUCCACGCUCCCUUCUUGCCGCCUGCUGCCCUGCAGCAGCUUGCCACUCAGCCACGGCGUGGGCUGCUGGGGCCCCCAGGAAAGGGGCAGUUCUUUUGUCUUUCAAGACACUGUCUUCAAUAUGAGGAGAACUGCUGGCCCUCUUUGCUGCAGCGGGAGAAGCCCGAAGUCAGCAGCAGCCCCGCGGGCAGCAGCAGCGCCAAAGGCAGCAGCAGCAGCGGCGAAGCCAGCGGCAGCAAAGCCAACAGCAGCAGCAAAACCCCGACUUGCAGCAGCAGCAAGCUUCAGCCUCCCCAGCAGCGCCUCCCUGCCCUCUGCGGGGCCCCGCAGCACAGGCCCAAAGCAGCGCUUGAGGGCCCCCAGUGCUGCUGCAGAACAGCUCACUCGCCCCGGCAGGGCUUGUCAGUGCAGCAGCGGGGCUGCAGCAAAGCUGGGCCAGCCCGCAGCUCAGCCCAAGUUGCGGCAGGGGCCCCGGGCCCCCACACGGCUCUAUAGCCCCUUGUAG